GGAGAAGAAUAAGGAGGGAGAGGUCCUCAGAAAAAAGCAAGAGGCAAAGCAGCUCUGGGGAGCCAAGGGGCUGCCGGCAUCCAAUGCCAAGUGUCACCAAGGGGUGCUGAGCAGGUACAGCCAAGUGGAGCAGCUCUUGUGGUCUCCUCCCAGCUCUCAAGAUGAUGAAGAGGCAGUUUAAUAGGAUGCGGCAGCAGCUGUCCCAUCCCAAUAUCACCAGCCGAGCCCAAGAAGCAACUGAGCUCCUGCCAGAAGAUCUGAUGCAGAUCGAGCAGAGGAUCGAGCCAGCCAAGCGAGCAGCUCACAACGUGUCCAAGAGGCUCCAAGCCUGCCUGCAGGGGCAAUGUGGCUCUGAAAUGGACAAGCGAGUGAAGAAGUUGCCCUUGAUGGUUCUGUCCAUGACGAUGGCUGAGAGCUUCAAGGAACUUGACACAGAGUCCAGCCUUGGGAAAGCCCUGGAGAUGGGCUGCUGCAUACAGAGCUCGCUAGCCAAAAUCCUGGCUGAGUUCGAGAUUGCCCUAGAGCAUGAUGUCCUGCAGCCACUCAACAGGCUCAGCGAGGAAGAGCUUCCCAUUAUCCUGAAGCGCAAGAAGACUCUCCAGAAGUUGAUUUCUGACUGGAACAUAAUCAAGAGCCGGCUGAACCAAGCUGCCAAGAGCUCUAGUUACAGCACUGGUGCUGGCACUGGCCCGGGAGCAUCUUCUGCUGCCAACAAACUGGAGAUCUUAAGGGAAGAGGAGGAGGAAGUGAAGAGGAAGGUGGAGCAGUGCAAGAAUGAGUACAUGGCUGACCUCUACCACUUCUCCACCAAAGAGGACAGCUAUGCCAGCUACUUCAUCAGAUUGCUGGAAAUCCAAGCCCAGUACCACCGGCAGUCCCUAGGAUCGCUGGACUCUGCUCUGGCAGAGCUGAAGGAAAGCCACAGCCAGUCAGAGCCCUCCUUCACUGCAGACAUUCCGGUGGUGGGGUACUACGGUGUGCCCCUAGAGACACACCUCAAGAGCUUGGGCCGGGAGAUUGCACUGCCCAUCGAAGCCUGUGUCAUGAUGUUGCUGACUGCCGGCAUGAAGGAGGAGGGACUCUUCCGGCUGGCAGCAGGCGCCUCAGUGCUGAAGAAGCUGAAGAGCAGCUUGGGCAGCGGCUCCAAUGCCCUGGAGGAGUUUUACUCGGACCCCCACGCUGUGGCUGGUGCACUGAAAUCCUACCUGCGGGAGCUGCCCCAGCCUUUGAUGACCUUCGAGCUCUACAAUGAAUGGGUCAAAGUGGCCAGCUUAAAGGACGUUGACAGCCGCAUACAGAGCCUGAGAGACACCUGUAGCCACCUGCCCCAGGAGAGCUACAACAACCUGAGGUACCUGAUCAAGUUUUUAGCCAAGCUUGCAGAACACCAGGAGGUAAAUAAAAUGACCCCCAGCAACAUCGCCAUCGUGCUCGGUCCCAACCUGCUGUGGUCACAGCAGAGCACAGGAGACCCCAUGCAACUAGACUUGGCCUCGGUCUCCUCCAUCCAGGUAGUAGGCGUGGUAGAAGCCCUCAUCCAGAACGCGGACAGCCUCUUCCCUGGAGAGGUAGAUUUCAACGUUUCAGGCAUGUUCACACCACCUGCAAACAGCAGACUUGAUGAGGCCCCUCUAGUGGAAGAGCUGACGCCAGAGCCCCCUCCGUUCGGCAACUCCACUCUCCCAGAUGGAGAGGUCACCUCGAGGGACCCUGAGGCCAGGUCCCAGCCAGCACCUCCAGCAGUGACCAGACCAUCUCCUGAAGCUGUGGGAUCACCAGCUCCAACAAUGACUGAUGCCACCACCUGCAAAGGCAAGCGUCCUGCUCCAGCCCGACCCAUGAUGCCGCCGCCACCCGUGGCCCAGCCUCGGAGCAUGGCUCCCUCCCCGGCAGCCCCCAAGCACACAGCCAUCCCCAAAGCCCGGCCACGACGGAUGGUUGGGGCACCCAGCCGAGCCCCCUCUGUCCCGCCACCGCUCCCUCCACAGCCGGCACACCGCCACAGCCGAGAUGCCCCGCUGUCCCCCAGGACUUCCACUGGUGAUGCUGAAGCCCCAGCUACCAUGGACUGUGCCCCGGGAGCUGCAGAUGAGGGGCAGCCACUGCCUGUGGGAGGAAGGAGCCCCGUAGCCACAUCACCACCAGCAGGACUGCCCACGGAGAACUGA